AUGCGGCUCGUGUUUUGGACAUCCAGCGAGAUCACUCGGUGCACAUGCGUCGAAGUACAGUGUCUGCGUCAAUGUUUUAUGAGAGGCUGCAAGAAUACGUGCGGUGAGAAGGACCAUUUUCACGGUCAGUUGAAUGAGUCUCGCAUGUUUGCUGAGGAAAACGGAGUUACUUGUGUGCUUGACCUGAGCGAUGACAGUACUGCCCGGAGACGUGACGAAGAGCAACAAGUGAUCCACUACUGUGAUGUACGACGCCCUUGUCGUGACUAUUACUGCAACAAACACUUUGGGCACAUGGGCCUUCACGCUACCUCCCACGGCAACAUGUGCCAGACAUAUUUCAUUGCUAAGGGCAACGAUAUCGAUAUUGAGGAUCGGAAGUAUCAAGUGGGCGAGCGAGGGAUUGCCGAAAUGUGCAACCUGUUUUGCGCGAAAGUGGGCACCUCCACUAUUUGCCAUGCGAAGGCGAAGAUGUGA